AAAAAAAAAAAAAUAACGUAGAAUUUCGAAGAAAAUGCUCUAUGUAAAGCUUUAAGUAAGGAAACUGAUAUAAAUGUAAUUAACACUCCGACCAAUUAUUGCGAAGGAGAAAGUGAAAGUUUAGUUGGAAAAGUUUUAACGAGUUCUAAUGAUAAACUUUUACCACAUGAACAUAUCGUACGUUAUUCUCCUAAUUGUUUCCAUUGCAUCCAUCCAGAAUUUAUGAGGUACGAAUAAAUUUAGAGUAAUAAAUUAAAUUGAGAGUAAAUUAUGUGAAUUAACUGAGAGUAAUGAGAAUAAAUUGAAAGCGAAUUAAGUGAGUGGUAGUGAAUUACGAGUUGAAUUGAGAGUUAAAUCGAGAAUAAAAAUUGAGGGUAAUUAAGAACAAAUUAAAGUGAGAGCGUAGUAAAUUAAGUAAUUAAGA